AUGGCCAGAACAAGUUCAAAACUUUUUCCAAAAAGUUUUCUUAAUCCAAAAAAGAAAGACACAAAUCUUAUAAAGAAAGCUUUAGAUAUGUUAGUCAAAUAUUAUUGUGAUGUUUAUAAUGAUAAAGAUUUUAUGCCACUAUCUAAAAUUUAUACUGCUCAGUCUAAUGCCAUACUGGUACUUCUAAAGGUGAAUAUAUAUGGAAGGUUACAGCUUGAUGCCAAAGUAUUUGGAUCA